AUGGUCUCUUUCACCAAGCUUUUCACUGCUGGCCUAGUUGCCACUUCUGCUAUGGCCGCCCCCAUGGAGGCUAAGCGCGCCUCAUCCAGCAAGCGUGGUGCUGCCUACAACGACGUCACCACUGUGUCUUCUAUGGCCAGUGGUGGCUCCAUCUCAUGGGCCUACAACUGGGCCGGCUCCCUCUCUGGCCUGCUUCCCUCUGGUGUCGAGUUCGUCCCCAUGCUCUGGGGCCCUAAGAUGUUCGGUGGCUGGGUGACUGCCAUCGAGAGUGCUUUGUCCAGCGGAAGCACCUACAUUCUGGGAUUCAACGAGCCCGACAUGGCUUCGCAGUCUAGCAUGAGCCCCUCGGAUGCUGCCAACUACUACAUGACCUACAUCACCCCGUGGUCUGGCAAGGCGAAGCUGAUCUCGCCCGCCGUCACCUCCUCCACCCAGGCCGGAUCCGGCCUGGACUGGUUCGAGUCUUUCAUCGGUAGCUGCAGCGGCUGUGGUAUCACCGGUCUGGCCGUUCACUGGUACGGCGACACUGCCGACGAUUUCAAGUCCUUCGUCACCAAGGCCGUCGACACUGCUUCCAAGCACAGCCUGUCCGAGGUCUGGAUCACCGAGUUUGCUCUCAACGCCGAUAUCAGCGGCGCCAUGGACACCGCUACUACUGCUGCUUUCCUUAACGAUGUCCUCCCUUGGCUGGAUUCGCAGCCUGGUGUCACUCGCUACUCUUACUUCAUGUGUGCCAACAACUACUUGCUUUCCGACAACACUCUCAACCAGGCUGGCCAAGCUUACGUCUCUGCGUAA